AUGGACACCCCACGUUCCGAGUUGCCACACUUUACCAAUGCCGCCGCGGCGGACCUGGAUGAUAGGUUCGAGGCGGAUUCAUUUCCUUGCUCUGGCAUUACAUCGUCAAGAGCUCGUGUCCGUCUGGACCUAUCCCUCGCUCAUCACCUCGGAUACCCAUAGCCUUAUUCACAGAGACUACAAGCAGGCUGUGCUGGAUGAAGACACACGCGACGAUAGGUCUGCCCUUUGUCCUGAUGACUGUGGUGACCGUCGGUACUGAGUACCAUUUCCAUCCCGCUCUUCUUCUUCGGUCGCUUCCACGAGAUCACCACCGGCCCAAAGCUCUGUUGGGGCAUUCGCGAAUUCGGAGGAGAGACGCCGUGAGGAUCGUUCCGCCGCCAUCAGCACUCCAGUUCUCGCGGAUCUUGCCUUAGGCCUCCGCAGGACUAGGUCAUGCCGUCCAGAAUUUACUGAGGAUCAAACUGCUGCAAAUGGCUCCCGAGGUGAGGCUCUGACAGCUGCGGAGGAGGGCGUUUGCUUCUUGCCUCCUGAGGAGAGCCAAAUCUGGGGUGGGAUUGAUUUUGAGGAGAUGUAUGAAUUUGUAGGGGAUCAAUCACGCGCGAAGCCCGGUGAGAGGAGAGGGAAAAUUAGCACAUGUGGGGAUCUCAUUGGGGUCCCUACGCUUUGACAAAAUCAAGGCCAAAGAGGAUUUGCCCGCUGCUCCUAGCAGUGUUGGGAAAGAGGCUCCCAUUUCCUCCACUUCACCCACCAAUAAUGAGAAAGCUGAGUUUUGGAACACGCCGACCACUCCCCGUCAUGGACGUGUGAGAAAUCCUGACCAAUUCGGUUUUUUCUCAUCCGAGGGUGAUGCCAUGAUCCAAGCUCCCGAGAUUGGUGACCUCCCACGCGAUGGUGAGACGCUCCACGAGCUCUUCCGUGGCAAGGGGUCUGGUGGUUGGACUGCUGCGAUCCUACUACAGAAGAGGUGGCUAUGCUCAUGA